UUAUUUCAGUUGAAUAAAUGAGUCUUUGAAGAAUCUGCAAAUGUCUUCAAAACCAGCGACUCCCAACAGGAGCGACACUGUGGAGCAGCAACUGGUUCGUUCGCCUCGCCGGUGCUGCUGCUGCAACACAACCGACCGACAUAAUUCACGUCUAUUUUUCGGUGGAAUAACGCAGCACUGAGCUGCUUUUCAUACAUUUUUAUUAUUUUUUUUACAAGCUUUAAUACUUGGAGAGCAGAGCUUCUUCGCCAAUGGCCAGUCCGGUUGCAGACAUCGGACAGUCUCAUCAGCAUCACCCUGUGACCGAGGAGUCGGCCGCUGACUCCGCGUUUCAGGAGGCGCAGGAAUGGAUAGAGGCUGUCACAGGAAGAUGCUUUGGUGACAAGGACUUCAGAGGAGGUUUGGAGAACGGCAUACUGCUAUGCGAGUUGCUGAGCUCUAUUAAACCUGGCCUGGUGAAGAAAAUUAACAGGCUUCCGACACCCAUAGCUGGCCUGGACAACCUCAGUGUGUUUCUGUGCGGCUGUGAGGAGUUGGGACUGAAAGGCUCCCAACUGUUUGACCCUGGAGACCUGCAGGACACGUCGACGCGCCCCACCGCCAAGGGAAGCGACUGCAGCCGAAAGCUCAAGAAUGUUCUAAUCACCAUCUACUGGUUGGGUCGUGCUGCCAACGGCUGUACCUCCUACAACGGUCCCACGCUGGACCUGAAAGAGUUCGAGGGCCUGCUGUCACAGAUGCGAAAGGAGGCGGAGGAGGCAGAGAGCCCUAAACGCAGCAUCCGGGACAGUGGCUACAUCGACUGCUGGGACUCCGAGCGCAGCGACUCUCUCUCCCCGCCGCGCCACGGCCGCGAGGACUCCUUCGACAGCCUGGACUCCUUCGGCUCACGCUCACGACAGACCCCGUCGCCGGACGUCCUGGUCACCCGCGGCAGCAGUGAUGGCCGCGGCAGUGACUCCGAGUCCGACGGCCCCCCCCACAGGAAGAUGCCAGACGUCCGUAAGGAUGACAUGUCGGCGCGGCGGACGUCCGUCAGCGAGCCGCGGACCGCCAUGCCCUUCAACCAGUACCUGCCCAACAGGAGCAACCAGAGUGGCUACGUGCCCACGCCGCUCCGCAAGAAGAGGGACGAUAAAGAGGACGGAGCGCGCAAGAGUUGGAGUACUGCGACUUCACCUGUAGCCGGAGACAGACCUUUCAGUACUCCAGCUCGCUCGUGCUCAGAGGAACUAUUCCACCAUUCGACGACUCGAGCAGCAAGCGCUGCAACGAGCCCCGUCAUCACCUCCGAGAAACAUCCACCUGUGACGGAGCAGCAGCAGGUGGAGAAGGAGGAGGAGGAGGAGGCGGCUGUGAGGAAGGCAGCCGCUGGUGUCCCGUCAGUCGCAGAUGGCGAGCGAGAUGAGAAGCGGUCCCGCCAAACGCUGACCUCUCCCAAACAUGUCACCACCCCGAGUCCCCCCCACUUCCUUCCUGUGCCCACUGCCGAUACAGGCCGACGGAAGGGGAGGGCGCUGAGUGAGAGUGACGACCCGCAGAGAGGGAACUCUUGGUCGGACAGCAGUCUUCCAGCAACAUUCAGCCGCACACAUAGUGUGUCAGAUGACCCACAAAGUGUGAGUAUGAUCGACAUGCGUGGUGAGGAGGAGGCCAUGUUGCAGCCUCACAGUCAGGUGCGUCAUGAGCUGAUGCACAACCAGUACAACAGGAUGAAGGAAGAGGACGAUCACUGGCAGGAUGACCUAGCCCGAUGGAAAAACCGGAGGAGGAGUAUCUCCCAGGACCUGAUCAAGAAGGAGGAGGAGAGGAAGAUGAUGGAGCAGUUGAUGACUGGAGGCCCCUGUGUCUCCCAGAGGAGAAGAAGCAUCAAGACCUACAGAGAGAUAGUGGAGGAAAAGGAGCGUCGUGAGGAUGACCUGCGGGACGCGUACCGGAGAGCCAGAACCCAAGAGGAGGCGUCGUCCAUCCUGCAGCGUUACGCCCAGCGCUUCUCCAUCAGUGAAACAGUCCUGGAACGCCUACAGUUGCCAAAUCUCCUGGACCGCAGCAUAUCUGCUGAUCCCUCCAUUCCCUGCUCUCCCUUCCCUCUCUCCCUGUCCGCCUCCCCGACGACCCCAGACCCCUUCGACGUGGACCCCGACGGGCCCAUGAGGUAUCUGCGCCAGCAGUCCGCCCCGGCUCCGAAGUUCACGUCCACACUGGAGGCGCGAAUCGAGGAGUUCCCCAAAGACUCCCCCCCGCACCAGCGGCCUCAGAUCCGCUCUCGCUCGUCCGAGCCGCCGUCCACUCGAACCCUGUCGCCCAAACCGGUGCCUUUGCUGAUGCCCAAGCCUUACUUCCAGCCCCGGUCCUCAGCGGGUGAACCAUGGCCUAGCAAGGUGGAUUGUUUGCUCCGAGUCAACGGCGACAUAGGAAGUGACGACGUUCCCACCACGCCUGAGAGUCGAGGAAGGGAAUCUCCUCCUCACUUCCAGGCGUCGCCUUCCAAAACCAGCAACAGCACUGUAGAUGCUCCCUCACCAACACGCAGCCCGCUCACCUCAACCAGAGGAGAAAACCCCGCGUCAGCAAAGGCCAAGGAGGCUCAAAGUGGCACAGAACUGACUUCUAAGGACGUCCAAGAAGAAAAAGUCAUCUGUCAUUCAACACCACCCAGCCGGCCCACCUCGCUCCCAUCGGAGCUGCAGAAGCCAGAAGAAAGCUUUGGGGAGACUGGAAGCCAGUCAGUAGCUGCUCCAGAGGAGGAUAAGUCAAAUGCUCAACAAACACCUCCUGCAGAAGCCAAACACAACAUUGUCAAGUCAGGAGUCAACACACAGCAAAGUCAGCCUGUAACUUUACAGGCAAGUGUUCCCAGUUCCCAGGACUCGUCACAGAGAAGAGAGAAUGUACCAAGCUUAGCUGCACCAGGAUCGUUUGAAUAUCACCCACCAAGGGAAACGACAGCAGAGCUUGCAAACAGUAUCAGGUCUCCGCUGGCCACCAGCACCCCUAACUUACGCUGGGAGUUCUUCGUCCCGCCAGAAGAGAUGGAGAAGGAUCGUUGUGGAAACGUGUCAGUCCCGGUGUUGCCCCAGGCCAGGCAGGGUGACCGCUGGUCUUGGGACCCGGAUGAGGAGCGAAAGCGUCAGGAAAGGUGGCAGCAAGAGCAGGAGCGCAUGCUGCAGGAGAAGUACCGGCGCGAGCAGGAGAAGCUGAAGGAGGAGUGGGAGAAAGCGCAGAGGGAGGUGGCGGAGGAGGAGAGGAAGUACCACGAGGAGGAGCGUAGGAUACUGGAGGAGACUGUGGCGCCUCUGACUCCCCGCUCCUCAGCCCUGCCCUCCCCCAGCCGAGGAGAGGUGUCCUCCACCUCGGAGCCCCAGGACACCAUCGUCCGUUCGCUGGCCGACUGGGAACGCAAGCAGGAGCUGCUGGAGAGGCAUUCGAGGGGGAGCUCAGAGAGUGUCGAAUGGAAACGCAGAGAAAACGACCGGACCAGUGACAUCAGCACCGCUGAUGACAGCAUGAAAACGGCCAGAAGCUCGGUGAGUCAGAGCAGCAGUCGGGCAGAAACUCUCGGUCACAGUCUGCAGAACGGCCAAAAACUCCCUGCCAUGUCGACCAAAACCUCGACUCCAGUGAAGAAACAAGAAGAGCCUUCAGCAGACAGCAACAAGCCCAGCCGGCCUGCAGGAGACAGGAGGAGUGGUCCCAUUGAUAAUAACAUGUGCCGCAGCUCAUCAAAACCCCCCGCAGCAUGUCCACCGCCUCCAGACACGCUGCCUCCAGCACCCAACAGGUCUGUCAGUGGGAAGAAGCUGUGCUCCAGCUGUGGGCAGCCUUUGGGGAAGGGGGCGGCCAUGAUCAUAGAGACCCUCAGUCUUUACUUCCACAUUCACUGCUUCAAGUGCGGUGUGUGUAAGGGACAGUUAGGCGACACGACUACGGGGACGGACGUCCGGAUCAGAAACGGCCUCCUCAACUGCCACCAGUGCUACAUCCGCUCCCGCUCGGCCGGACAGCCAACCACAUUGUGACGCUCAACAGAAAAGCACAAGGUUCACCGGAAGAAACCCCAUCCCUGUUCUAAAGCGAUUAUCUGCACAUCAUGUCCUUCACAGCGUGUUGGGAUCUUUGCAUCCUCUGCAGCUCAGUAACCAAUGAAGAUUCAUCACGGGGGCCAAACGGGGGAUCUGGGGACAGUCAAACGUUUAAAAAAUAUAUAUAUAUAUAUUCUACGUGUUUUAUGUCAUCUGAUAUGUGAGUGAAAUCUGGAUUUGAUUGGUCCACGUACCACCACAGACUCUGUUCCAUCAUGCAGCAAGAGAGGGAGAGAGAGACUGUUCUGGGGUGGCGGCCAUGUUGAAAAUAAAAGGCAAUAGUGAUAGCAAUAACCAUGCUUCAAACACAGGUAGGCUGAUGUUAACGUCCUACACUGUCAGAGUGAACACACAAAGAGAAAAUAUGGUGUUCAAGUCGUUGGUUACGUUGAAGCAGAUUCUAUUUUCCUGAUUGGAAAAAACUAUUCAAUUCCAUAUGAUGUAAAUGCAGUAUAUUAGUUACUGAAUCAUUGUGUUAUCAUUUAAGAAAGAUUUUCUUAAUUUGGAUAGAAAUCCAAAAACUGGUGGGAAAACUGAAUGUGUGGUCAGGCAGCUCAAUUUGCAUUUUUUUUUUAUUUCUCCAAACAGACGGGAUCUGUAAAAUAUUAAUAAUUUUAUGACCCUUUAAUUUUAAAACAACAAUAUAUAGAGAAACUUCAUUUAGAAAGUACAGUAAAGGUCACUAUAAACCCACUACUUUGAUCCUUUGGCCCUCACAGUGGCCCCUAAUGUCUCCUGUUCUGUGCUCCUGAACAAAAUUAGCUUCUGAUACAAAACCCACAUAUUAAAGAUGUAGUUUCAUCUUCAGGGCAAUAACUCGACUCGUGAGCUGUUUUUGUGCUUUUGGGUCACAGCAGGUCGGCUCGGAAAGUCAGGACUUUAAUGUGCCUUAGGAAAAGCAAGGUGAUGCAGGAAGAAACGCACCAGCUGUAUGGUGUUUGAUUUCUUUUUUCUUUUCUUUUUUAAGGGUGGAGGGAGGGAUUUGGCCAAAUUUGAACCUUAAACUGCAGACAGACGGGCUGCAUCUCUCCCUUGCAUCACGCUUUACUUCACUUGAUAAAUACUGCUUAUUUUACAUAAACACCCUUCAUUUUACCCCCCCCUCGACCCCUCCGUGAUUUGCAGUGAUAAAAAGCAGUGCAAAGGAACACAUUUGUUAAAAAUAUAUACUGCAGGGGAUACCAUUGACUUAUUUCUGAAUGUUUUAUUCUAGAGAGAUAUAGACUUCUGUAUGCUAUUAAUUGAGGUAAUUUUGAUAAUUGCUCAGUGGUAGGAUUCAUUUAUACAAUUACAAAAACACAACGUUGCAUCUAGUUGAACAGCAGAGGUGAUAUGAACACUCGUACCAGCAGCAGUUGCACCCGUGCAAUAUUUGGUUGGAUGAAAACUAAAGAUCUGUGCCGCCAUGGUGGACAUUUGAAAUCACUUGCUUCAUUUUUUUGGACUUGUAUGAGAGGAGCUCGGUUGUGUAUUGCGGAUGUUAAAAAAGAAAAAUGCACGUUUAAGCCUAAAACCAAAUGAUUUGCUGUAUGAAAGCAAACUAGCAGCCUCCUCCUCCUGAACGGCGUCCUAUAGCCAAGCUUCUCCUCCGGGUCCAUCUCUCUGAUCUACAGUAUUUUUAAGCUUCUGUUCUGGUUGUGUAUUUUUUUUUUUUUUUAUCCUCAUUUAGUUCAUGAAUAAAUCUCGAGUCUCUUAUAGCGGGAUCUUUGAGGCGGAGCUCUAUAUUCAGAAGGUCGUCUUAACAGGAUGGUUGGGGAAUGGAGCCUUCACGUCUGUUCUGUAUUUAUUGUAAUAUUCACCUGAACACUAUCCGAAAUAUAGAUUCAUUUGAUGUUUAAAUGCAAUGGCAUUUAUAGCAAACUGUAUGUUUAUAAAUAAAAUGUUAUAAAUUAAA